AUGUUUUGUGAUGUCACAAAUUGUAGCCGAAGCGCUCGAUCCUUCAAGAAAACGCCAACCAUACAAUUCUUGAGGCGAGUGGAGUGCAGAUCUCGAAGGCCUCGGCGUUACGUCCAACCCUCGGCGGAUGGAACGCUAUUGGUACGAUAUGGGAUCUCAAAUGGUUUUCCAGACCUUCGCGCGAUAGAAUGUCCCUAUAGAGGCUUUAACCAUGGUGACAGGGUUAAAUCUGGGUGCUGGUGUUUAUGCCAAACACUAGCGUUAAACCCGAGUCCCUUGCAUAAAGAUAUAUCUCGGGGUUUGAAGAAGAGUUUGCAAUCAAAAUUGCGUUCAUAG